UCUCUGCGUGCCUGUUUCCUUUCCGUGCUCGCACCACUCACAAUCAGAUGAGUGUGUAGUGAGGCAGCCAGGGCAGCUGAGACAUCAGUCCUGCCCUGGGAGCAUAGGCAAACAUGGCCCUGCAAUGGAUGUGUCUCCUGCUCCUUACACCUCUGCUGGCAGCACAAAAUCGUUAUAAGCUCUAUCCCAACAACUAUGGAAAACCCAAGGGAAGAGGAAAAUGUAAAAUUCCCUUCAAGUGGGACCCCAAACUACAGUUUAACCCAAGGAAGAACACCGGCUAUGCCUUGAACGAAGUGGUGCAGCUCAGCUGUGCUGGGAGGUUUGCACCAUCUGUCCCACAGAUUCAAUGCAUUUCAAGAGGGGCCCAGAUCCUGUGGAAUGAGACUCCCACCUGCAAGGCUCUGACAGAAGGGUGCAAAAGGCCCCUGUGGGACUCCAGACUCCAGCUAGCACCAGACCAAGAGAACUAUGAGAAGAAUCAGAAAGUGAUGCUGAGCUGCCCUGAAGGUUUCCAGCCACCCUUCACUGAAAUCCAAUGUCAGAUUCAAUUCCAGUCUGAUGUUUAUGGGACACAUGGGUACAAAGAAUUUUGGCUUCGAAGAGAUUCCAGAGGUGCCUGGAUCCCCAUUCAGUCCAGUGUGGUGUGCAUCGAAGGGUGCAAAAGGCCCCUAUGGGACUCCAGACUCCAGCUAGCACCAGACCAAGAGAACUAUGAGAAGAAUCAGAAAGUGAUGCUGAGCUGCCCUGAAGGUUUCCAGCCACCCUUCACUGAAAUCCAAUGUCAGAUUCAAUUCCAGUCUGAUGUUUAUGGGACAUAUGGGUACAAAGAAUUUUGGCUUGGAAGAGAUUCCAGAGGUGCCUGGAUCCCCAUUCAGUCCAAUGUGGUGUGCAUCGAAGUUCUCCAGGUUGACCCUGAGACCUUUGAGAUUUCCAGCACCAGCAUCAAACUGAAAUGGACCUGCAGGUUCCCCAAUGCCUGCCAGGGCAUGAGGGCCAUGUGCCGGCUGGGAGCACCUCCCUCCCCUCCCUGUGAGGCUGAGGAGGUGAAUGUAGAGCAGAUGUUACAUGGCCAGGAGGCAACAUUCACCUGCUCCCCUUUGCAGCCCUUCACUGAGUACAAUGUCACCAUUGACAUGCCUCCCAACACAACCCUGUUCUCAUGGUUCUUCACAACAAAGGAAACAGUGCCAGACAAACCGGAGCAGCUGUGGCUGGAUCCCAACAGGGGCUCUCUCAGGUGGAGCGCGCUGCCCUCCUGCAACGGGGAGAUCAUUGGAUACCAGCUGAGCAUCACAGCCAGGAACGCAGGGGACAGCGGCGUGCUGGAGAUCGAGCGGCUGCGCCUCAGUGGCUCCGUCACCGAGCACCGGCUGCCGGAGCACAGCCCUGGCAGCAGCUACGCCGUGAUGAUCCAGGGGCUGACGGCUGCUGGAGCCGGGGCUGCGCUGAUGAGGGAGUUUCACAGCAACAGCAGCUCCGACACCCCGCACCCCCAGACCAUCAGCUGCCGCAGUGCCCGCGACAUCGCCCCCUCGCAAGGGACGGCCGUGCUCCCCCUGCUCCCCAUGGCCCGUGGCUCUGAGGCCGCCAGGGAGCACCAGCUGAUCGUGGCCGCGACGCACAACGCCUCGCUGAUCGAGAGCAUCUGCUCGGGGCAGGCACGGCUCUCCAACGCCAGCGUGUACCUGGCCGCUGUCCUCAACCUCAGCGCCCCCACGGACUUCGUGCUGGGCGACGGGAGCCGCGGGCAGGGCCUGCACAACGCUGCCCUCAGCCCGGGCCGCGACUACACGGCCCUUCUGCGCCUCGUCCGCCUCGGCCCGCAGGCAGAGAAGUUCACCUGUGUCUGCUACAGCUUCUCUCUUGGGCAGACUGUGAGCCAGUGGCAUUGGAUUGUGAUAGGACUGGUUGUGCUGUUGGCAGACCGUCUUGUGGUUGCAGUUAUCCUGUGGCUUGUGCACUCCAGGUGAGUAGGGAGGGGACAGGUUCAGCAGGUAUGAAGGG